AUGGCAAGUCAUAACAGGAGAAGAGCUUAUCCAAGUGCUCAGUACAACCUCAACCCUGCUGAAUCGGUGCAACCUGGAUAUGGAUCUGGAGCCCCCCAGGUGGGCACACCAAGUGCUCAGAUUUAUGGUGGCGUCUCCGGUGUUCCAGGUGUGGAUCCAUUAACUCAGGGCUUUGCUUCUAUGAAUUUGAACCAGCAGCCUGCUCAACAGGUUGCUCCAGUCGUUGACCCUAGUGUCAAUGCUGGCCUCAAUGGAGUUGCUCAAGCAUACGGGAAUCCAGCGUAUCCACCUCUGAAUUCACAACCAGCGUACUAUGGCCAAUCGGCACAACCAUCGCAACAACCGCUGGGUUCGUAUGGAUCCACUCCAUCGCAAUUGCCUGCACUUCCAAUGAACCAACUCUACUCGACUGAUCUGUUGAAGGAAUUGCCUCCUCCGAUCUCUGAUUUGCAGCUACCGCCCCCUCCAGUCAUUUUGGCUCCUGGCAUUUCACUUACGGGCCAACAAGACUCGAAUUCUCCCCCGGAGUACUUCAGAUCUACUCUGAACGUACUGCCAACUACCAAUAACUUGCUCAAGAAGACCAAAUUGCCUCUGGCCUUGGUCGUCAGACCUUACAUCUCCUUGCACAACUCGGAGGUUCCGGUUGCAGUGGUCAGCGAUGCUUUGAUUUCAAGAUGUCGUCGUUGCCGUACCUAUAUCAAUCCAUUUGUCACGUUCCAAGAGGAUGGAAAGAGAUGGAGAUGUAAUCUGUGUAACCUGCUGAAUGAUACGCCAAUGGGAUUUGACUUCAACCAGGCCACAUCAACCCCUGUCAACAGAUUGGAGAGAUCCGAGCUGAACCACGCUGUUGUGGAGUUUGUUGCACCUCCUGAAUAUAUGGUCAGAGCCCCACAACCUCUGGUUUUUGUGUUUGUUUUGGACGUUUCUGCAGCUGCUUUAGCCAACGGUGCUCUGGCAACGGUAAGCAGAACUAUAUUGGACAGUUUGGACCGUAUUCCAAACAAGGACGGAAGAGCAAGAGUUUCUUUCAUCGGUGUUUCUUCUUCCCUCACUUUCUUCCAAAUCCCGGCCGAUGAGGAAGCAGACAAAGAGACCUCGUUGUUGGUUGUUUCCGACCUGGACGAUGUUCUCAUUCCUGCCGCCGAAGGUCUACUGGUGAACUUGGCCGAUUGUCGUUCCAACGUGGAGAAGCUGUUGGCUAACUUCAACGAUUACUUUGCCGGAAGUGGCGACCAAGGCUCUGCUUUUGGUCCCGCUUUGAAAUCUGCUCACCGUCUCAUCAACUCUCUGGGAGGUAAAAUUGUUUGUUUCACAUCGUCAUUGCCAAACAUCGGAAUUGGUAAGCUGACUGUCAGAGAUGAAGAAAGUGUCGCAGACAAGCCAAAGGAGGCGUCGGCUUUGUUGGGAGCUAACAAUGCGUUCUACAAAUCAUUUGCUGUUGACUGUAACAAGUCUCAAGUCACAGUUGACAUGUUUUUGACUGGGUCUUCGUAUCAAGAUGUCGCCACGCUGGCGAAUUUGCCUCGUUAUUCAGCUGGUCAAACACAUUUCUACCCGGCUUGGAGUGCAUCCCGUAUGGAAGACAUCACCAAGCUAUCCAAGGAAAUUUCCAACCAUCUGUCGAUGGAAAUCCAGCUGGAGGCUGUGAUGAGAAUCAGAGGUUCAACAGGCACAAGAAUGUCUGCCUUCUACGGCAACUUCUUCAACAGAUCGUCUGACCUGUGUUCCUUCCCCACUUUUGCCAGAGACCAAUCUUACGUUAUUGAAAUGGCGAUUGAGGAAACAUUGACCAAACCAUAUGCAUAUGUCCAGGCCGCUGUGUUGCAUACAACCGCGUUUGGCGAAAGGAGAAUUAGAGUUUUGACAUUGGCAUUGCCAACGUCUAAGGAGAUCAAGGAUAUCUAUGCCAGUGCUGACCAACUGGCUAUCGCCAAUUAUUACACCCACAAGGCUAUUGAGAAGACCUAUUCCUCAUCUCUAAACGAUGCAAGAGAGUACUUGAACAAAUCCAUGAUUGAGAUCCUACAGACCUACAAGAAGGAGCUGGUGGCGGGUAACAUUGGAUCAAGCUCUCCUGUCCAGAUAUGUACAAACUUAAGGAUGUUGCCCCUUUUGUUGCACUCUUUAACCAAGAACAUUGGCUUCAGAUCAGGAAAAGUACCAUCUGAUCACAGAGCAAAUGCGUUGAAUCUGUUGGGUUCUAUGCCAUUGCCAUACUUGAUCAAGUACAUAUAUCCAUCUGUCUACUCCUUACAUGAUAUGCCUGAUGAUUGUGGAUUGCCUUUCACUGGAGAGGAAGAUGUUCCUGAAGAAGGUUUGAAGGUUGGUGAGACCGUUUUGCCUACACCAUUGAAUGCCACCAUCACAAACUUCGAGAAGUACGGUCUUUACUUAGUUUGCAACACCUCAGAGCUUUUCCUCUGGGUUGGUGGUGAUGCCGUUCCGCAGUUGGUAAACGACCUGUUUGGAUUUGAGGACAUCUCCGAGAUCCCUAUUGGUAAGGUCGACCUUCCAGAGCUGGAUUCAGACUUCAAUGUGAGAGUUAGAAACAUCAUUGGCAAGAUCAGAGAGCACUAUGACACCAUUGUGUAUCAAAACUUGUACAUCAUCAGGGGUCCAUCUUCCAAUGAAAAUGCAUAUGCUGCCACCGCCAACAGGGAAGUUAUUCCUCUCAGAAUGUGGUGUAUGAGUGGAUUGGUCGAGGACAGAAGCAACGGAAGCAACAGUUACAGGGAGUACUUGGGUCAAUUGAGAGAGAAGGUUGUUUCAUAG